AUGGUAUCAAGAAUUAGAAACUUUGGCUUGAACAUUGAAUGCAAUAUCCGCUCAAGUGACUCACUAUUCUCCCCCCUUGACUUUGCUGAGUCAGCAAUUCUCAAAUCUCCCCCUCAAACCCCUUUUUUAUUAGUUUACAAUGAACUUUAUCGAGAAUUCCAUGCUUCAGGUGUAAGCUAUAUAAGACAGCAAUUACUAAAAAAACUAGCAUUAGAAUCCCAUCUUAAUCUAUCUUGAUGCUGCAAGAAAGUUUAUUCAAUGAUUAAUUCAAUUGCUGAUCUCCUUCUACUGAAUCAAAUAGAGAUUUUAUACUGAGCAGUACUUUUGGAAAGCGCAUCAAUGGAAGACAGAUCAAUCAAGCCCAGACUCUUGAUUAUUUAUACAGCCUAUCUUGCAAAAAUGAGUAUGAACGACGAUAUGGAGCCUUUUGAGCAGCAUCUAAACAGACUUUUUGCUAAUUUCAAGCUCAGCUUCAAUAAUUGGCUUUUGAUCACAGACUGCUCGGCAACUGCUAGCAUUAAGGAAGCAAACGCUAAAUACAAUAGUCUUAUCUGCAGUACCAAAAAGAGAAAAAGCAUAAAGGAUUAUGAUGAAAUGGUUGACUCACUGCUGGAGUUACCCGGGAAAAGACAAGUUGCAGCAUCAGAAUCUGAAAGCGAAAUUUUGAGUGUCGAUGAAAUAGAAGAAGAGUUAGAAGCUUUUAGGCAGGACAUGACAGAAGAUAAAUCGCCUCUUUUUAGUGUAUUAUAG